GUGAUUGUCCGCGAAUCUUUGCUCUCCCAACACGAGUGGAUAGAUUUCCUGGCCGCGUCUGUCAACUUUUUUUCAGAGUUGCAGAGCACACACUCUCAUUCACGUCCUUCACCAAUCUUUCGUCAACAAUGGCAUCAAGUGGUGACCGCGACUCUCAAGGGUCUUCUAAAGAAAUAUAUGGCCAAGGGAUAAAGGCUUCCCGUCCAGGUCCAGCAUUGCGAGAUAGCGCCGGCUCAAGUAUCGUAUCGAACCGUACCAAUGGCGGUGACCGCCAUGAUGUUAUGGUCAAAUUUCUCCACCGAAGGUGUUCUCAGGCCAAAUGGCUAGAGCCUCCAGAAGACGAGUACGGCGUUAUUGAUGGGGGUGCGGCAAACCUCGGUGUACUCCUGCGGCGGAAUGAUGGCAUCUAUACGGCAGAGCCUCUCUUCCUAAAUCAAGAUCUUGUAAGAGCAGUGGAGAAGCUCGGUGUAGCCGUAGCCUUUACAAUGUCUUCCGAAAUCACGCACGCGCUUCUUCAGCAAGUCACUCCUUUCCAGACGGAAUUAUCACUAAAUACUCGGGGCUUCGUUCUUCCUGUGGUCAACUCAGUACAGGAAAUUGCUUCAAGAAAGUCUUCGGUGGCGCGAGACUCUUACAUCUGCCUCUGCCGACAAGAGCGAAUGGUUCUUGUCUGGGGAGACACUGUCCCUGGAAUCUUAGCCCAUGGAACCGAUGUCGAGACUAGACUUCUUGGACUUGUAUGGGGUUCCCAUAUCCCGUCACACAAUACUGUGUCUCCAUAUCAGCAAGCGCCUCCAAUCCAAUCCCAUCAGCCAAGCUCCCAUGGUCGCACGAGAUCUUCUGGUUUUCCAAUCUCUGCCCCUAUGACCGGCCCUCUUCCGUCAGAAAUGAGUGAAAAGAUUGGCGCAAUUGAUCGCGCAAUUGAGGUGGAAGAAAUGGGGGACAAGGCCUACGAUCCAGAGAAAGAAGCCGAGCUACCAGAGAGGAAGUUUCUCCUUGUUCAUGCCGUCACAAUUGGAAUUGCCAUGAUUCUCGUCAUUGUCGUUGAGAUGGCCUGUCUUGCUAAGCUAAUUACUGAAUAUCGUCUCGAUGGCAAAAUGAUACGGUUUGCCUUGGUUGCAACUGUCCCUCUCUUUGCAUCAUUCUCUCUCUUCUACUUCAUCGUGAUAGGGGGUUCUUUGGGACAAUUAUUUGGCCCUCUUUCCGCGCUUCAAGGAAAUAGCAUUUACUAUUCAGGAAAGGCUCCAAAACUAGGCCGACAUCGCGAUUAUGAACUCCCACAUGUGACGAUUCAGAUGCCCGUCUACAAGGAGGGUCUCAAGGGAGUCAUCAUUCCCACUGUGACAUCGCUACUUGCAGCCGUCAGACAUUAUGAAGAACAGGGAGGCACAGCAUCCAUCUUCGUCAAUGAAGAUGGCAUGCAGACGGUCUCUUCGGAGAUGCAAGAAGCCCGUAAAGCCUUCUACGAGCUAAAUAACAUUGGAUGGGUAGCUCGCCCAAAGCACAACCCGCCGAAAAGUAAGAAAAGUAAGAAGAGUGGAGGCUUAUUCUCAAGGAAGAAGACCGACGAUGCCGACGCGGAAGAGGAGGAUAAUGCGCCAGUCUUCAUCCGAGCAGGCCAUUUUAAGAAGGCAUCGAACAUGAACUAUUGCCUUGACUUUUCUCUUCGUGUCGAAGACGAGCUCUUGCGUCUCAUUCUGGAGAGUUGCGAACAGCGUGGCUGCACCCAGGAUGACCUGACUCUGGAAGACGAAGCCGAGCUCUACGAACAAGCCCGCAAUACCAUCCUUGAAAAUGACGAAGGUCGCACUUGGGCAGCUGGGAAUAUCAGAUUGGGUGAAAUUAUCCUAAUCGUAGACUCCGAUACUCGUGUCCCCGAAGAUUGUCUCCUCUACGGCGCCCUCGAAAUGUACGAAAGUCCAGAAGUCGCGUUACUGCAACAUGCCUCUGGCAUUAUGCAAGUUGUGCACAAUGCCUUCGAAAAUGGGAUUACAUAUUUCACCGACCUGGUCUACACCUCGAUCCAAUACGCUGUUGGCAAUGGGGACUGUGCACCUUUCGUAGGCCACAACACCUUCAUCAGAUGGAAAGCAAUUCAGUCAAUAAGCUUCCAACAAGAUGGCCAGACCAAGUUCUGGUCCGAAGAUCACGUCUCCGAGGACUUCGAUGUCAGCCUGAGGCUUCAAAUCAACAACUUCGUCGUCCGGCUCGCUACAUACCACAACGGAGGCUUUAAAGAGGGUGUAUCAUUGACGGUUUACGAUGAGCUAGCGCGUUGGGAGAAGUACGCCUACGGGUGUAACGAACUAGUAUUCCACCCUCUAAUCAAGUGGCCGACCAAAGGACCUAUCACCCCACUCUUCCGGAAAUUCAUCCUCAGCCCGAUCAAGGUCACAAGUAAGAUGACCAUUCUCGCAUACAUCGGCACAUAUUAUGCUAUCGCCUCUGCAAUUCCCCUUACGCUAGCCAACUAUCUCAUUGUUGGAUGGUUCAACGAGGAGGUCGAUCAAUUCUAUAUUACCAGCUGGAAGAUCUUCGUCGGAAUGGCUGUCGUGUUCAACGUUCUGUCACCGCUUGCGUAUGCCAUGUUGAGGCACCGGCUAGGACAAAAGACAUUCUUCUGGUCCCUUGUGGAGACAUGCAAGUGGAUGCCAUUCUUCCUCCUUUUCUUUGGUGGCAUAUCCUUCCAUCUCCUCAAAGCCAUCUUCUGCCACUUCUUCAGCGUAGACAUCCAGUGGACAACCACGGCGAAAGAACUCUCGGAAUCUGGGUUCCGGGUGGGUCUUGACAGGAUCGUCAGGGAUUUUAAGUACAUGUACUUGUUCUUAUUCCCAGUCAUGGGGGGAAUGAUUUACCUAGCUCUGUUUGCGCCGCGAGGUUGGCUCAUCAGCGACUUUGCUGCUAUUGUGCCGUUAUCGAAUCAGGUUGGGUGUCACGCGCUACUUCCAUUUGCCCUCGGCCUCUUCUAACCGUAUCCUGCACCCUUGAACAUAUAUCUGUAUCACGCCGCACUAUUAUCAGCAUCUUCACCCCCCCCUACCCCCCCUCCCGAUGCUCAACGCUCCUUACAUAGCAUUAAUAUCGCGCCUUGAAUUCGAUUAACUCCUUCUAUUAUUCCUGCCACUCCUUCAUAAUGCAUUUAGACAGCGACAUAUUUGGGCUUAUUCUGAUCAUGAGUAUUGAUAUACAUCGGGUUUUUUGUAUGAUUUGGUUGGAAAGCGCUGGAGUUGGAAAAUUUGGGCCUAUGCGGGAUAAUUUGCAUUUAGAUUAUAUGGCCUUUCUUACCGUAACAUAUUCGUGGGAUUGGUGAUUUAUGGGUUGAUUUGGAUUGGACGGGAAUGAGAAUGGAGGAGAGUCUGAAAAUGGAGGAACGUAAUAGUCUCUGAUAUCGUGCGCAAAAUUGAUAUUUGUUUGAUCCCGGCC